AGUAAGGAGCCCGGUAUUUCCCGAGCGGCUCAUUUCGCCUCUGGAAGACGACGGCAGCAACAGCCUGGGGAGACGCUGCCCUCUACUGGAUAUUUUUGGAAUCGCACCCAAAAACAAGUCGUUGCGAAAAUGAUUAUCUUUAUUAUGGUAAAUUCUCCCUGAUUAAUGAGUCUGUAAGCACUCGCGGACGCUGGAGUCCAUUGAUCAAUGAACAGUAAUAGCACCACCUGUCCGUGUGAUUGGUUAACUGCGUCCGCUGAUGAGAUUCUUCUAGAAUAACCUGGCUGGAUUGAUUACCUCAUCAAUGUCUACAUUUGUACAGUUCAUUUCCUCCGUGACCUUUUGUAUCGCUCAGUUAGACUGCCCCACAUAAUAUGUCUGUGCAUUUGUGUAUCAGUUUGCACGUGUGUGCCGGGAGUACCAGCGGGGCAACUGCACCCGCGGGGAGAACGACUGCCGCUUCGCCCACCCCUCCGACAGCACCAUGAUCGACACCAACGACAACACGGUCACCGUAUGCAUGGACUACAUCAAGGGCCGCUGCACCCGCGAGAAGUGCAAGUACUUCCACCCGCCCGCCCACCUGCAGGCCAAGAUCAAGGCGGCCCAGCACCAGGUCAACCAGGCCGCCGCCGCCGCCGCCAUGGGGCUCCCUCCCGCCUUGCCACCAUUACCAAAGAGACCCACCAUGGAGAAAGCCAACGGUGCCACCACCAUGUUCAACGCUGGAAUGUUCCAGUACCAACAGGCACUGGCCAACAUGCAGUUCCAGCAGCAGACUGCCUUCAUACCGUCAGGCUCAAUAUUGUGCAUGGGACCUGCCACCAGCGUUGUUCCCAUGAUGCACGGCGGUAACCAGGCCGUGUCUGCUGCCACCACAUCUGCCACAAGUGUUCCCUUCGGAACCGCCUCAGCCAAUCAGAUUCCGAUAAUAUCUGCAGAACAUCUGGCCAGCCACAAGUACAUGACCCAGAUGUAGGAGUCUCGAUCACAACAAUUAAACUGCGACAUGUCAGUGUUAAGUCCAACAAUAAUAAUCAUGCUUCAUACCUCGGACAUCAAGAAGCAAAAAUGAGAACAACAUUUUAUCUGGAGUGGAAACAGUACCUGCAUGUUUAAGAAAGAAGGCCUGGUUUGCUGUUUCGGGUUCUUUUUCUUCAUGUAUAUUCCAUGCACUCAAUGAAAAAAAACUACUACAAAACGGAAAAGACUACCAUUCACACUGAAGUCUGCCUUUCGAAAAAGAAAUAGAGGCAACUUGUUUGUUUAAUCACCGGACACACUUUGAAUGUCAACAUGGGACUAACGUGUGGUGUACUAGUCACCGUGACUAGUUUGGUACGUUCGAAGACAGAGAAUUAAAGGGGGUUUUGUUUAUUUUAUGUUUUUUUCUUCUCUAUUUUGGGUUAGUUUGGUACCCUUAAAGUGUUCAUUUGUUUACAUGAAGGCAAACCUUUAAUUUAGUUUUGAAGUUUUAAGAAAGGGUCAGAAGGUAGGGAGUGAUACAUGAACGACGAAUGCAUGCAUGCACAGUGGUAACUUGAUUUUGUAGCGUAUCUUUCUAUCUCUGAAGCACAUGUAUUAGAUGCUGCAGUUGUCCCUGUAAUGUGCUACACAUCUCAGAAUCAGGUGUUGUGGUUAAGCAGAAUAAUGCAGCGUUCAGAACAAGAAAGAAUUACCCUUUAAUGAGUCUGGAGGGGCAUUACAUGAGUAUGUUGACCUGGAUCCUAUUGAAAAGCUGUUUCUUUGUUUCUGUCUUGUUUCGUAAUCCUACAACAGCCCUGGUUUCAGAUGUCUAGUAAGAAUCAGCAAAGGAAGCUGCUCUGACAUUGGUCUCUUCAUAAGUAAAACAUAAAGAGUCUUUGGAUUUCACAAAGACUAGCUGGGUGAAUGUAAAGGGAUAACAGAGUCUUUAGAGUCCUCUGAUAUGAAUAAUGGUGAAACUCUAAUAUAGUGUCUGAAAUAAAAAUCUUCAGCAACCGCAGAAGCUGAAAUAAUAAUCAUGGUUCAAAAGCCAUGACUUUAUGAAUUGUUAUUCAUUGUGCGUGUUCUAUCUAUAUUUAAGGUGGAUUGUUAGGUAUAGUCCUUGCGGUGUGUGUAUCUUUUGACAUAUUUAAGAGACCUUGUUUCUUACGGGUCUCCUUGGGAGUGUUUUUUGAUGAACAGCCAAAGCCAUGUUUUUUGUCUCAUAUCAUUUAAGAUGUUUUUCGGAGGAUGAGUGAGGCAAAUAAGUAUUGGGUGUUGAGAUUUUUUUUGACACACAAAAUCGAUUUUUUUUGUUUCAAUUCUGGGUGUUUGGCGGUCAUGCUAAAUGAGUCAACAGCGAGGGGAUUUCGAACUAUUUCAUGACGAUUGUAUCAUCCAAAGCCUUAGAAUGCACCAUUCAGCACAAUGCCACAUGUCAUUUUAAACCAUCCAGUUGCCUAAUUCACAUCAUAUAAACAUAUACACGCAAACAGACACACACAUAUCAACACACACACACACACACACACACACCCACACACACACACACACACACACACACACACACACACACACACACACAUACACAGUACUAUGUAAUCGUUUAUCAGUUUUUUCUAUUUUGCGUUUCUUUCUUUUCGUGAAUGAGUUUUUUACUUUGAUUUGUUUGGGUUUGUGGUAAGGUUCUGUUGAGUUUCAGUCUGUUUAAAGUUAUCUUUCUUAAAUUAGAUAUAAGGCGAUGUGGUUAUGUGUUCCUCAUGCACAGGUUUUCUAAUAUUCCAUGUAUUGUCAGUUUAAGUAUGAUUAUGAUUGUGAACUCUGUAUUUUCUACGUUAUUUGAAGAGUAUGCAUAUUGUUCAUUAUUUUCUGGUCUGUUUGAGUUCUUUCAACAAAGAUGUUUUAUAUAAGUAUGUUAAAAUGAGGAAAAAUAAGAAGAGAGUGGCUUAAUUGCGAUCUUUGCAACAAUCGCCAAUAAGUGAGUAAUAUUUUAUGAUUGUAUGGUUUGUAACUAGUCAUACUAGAAGAAAAUAAUAUAAAAAAAACUGGUUCUUAGAUGUUUAGAGUUUAAAGAUGUUAUUUUCUACUGUAUCCAUUUCAAAAGGUAAAUAUUGUUUGAAUAUUUUUACUCUCCCUGGAAGUUGGGCCAUGUUGGAAAACAAGCUGCAUAUUUGAUCACUUUUAAGAGACGUUGUUGACAGGGGUCAUGUGACUAUAGAGAGCGAACACGGAUCUCUUACUAAGCAAACCACAAACAAACGAGGAGGGGGGGUUCAAGAGGCGGUGGGUGACAGUUGACUUUUUUGCACUUCUGUACAUAGUCAAAAAAGAGAGAAUCAUGUAUAUUGAGAUCUUAUUUUGAAUAAAAAAAAAAAGUCUAUAUCGACAAGGAAUUUUGCUAGGAUAACUAAAAAAAAAAAUCUUAUGAAAAGGCUGAACAAAAAACGCUUCGCUUAAAAGGGCCCUGAGUUCUCACUCUCUGACUCCUUCGUUGAGAGAAGGCAACGUGUUGCUCUCUUUUUGUUGUCAACAGCUUGUAGUUUGCCAGGUAACCCCUCUGGAGGAGGCCUUCACGAGCCUCCAGUGCAAAGGGCCUGUCUGGGUCCAUCGGGUCCCCUAGCCGGCCUAGCGACAGGCCUGGGCGUCAUGGCCACGCCCAUGCCAGGCCCAACCAAUCACAACAAGUCAUUUUUCUUUUCCUUAGUCAGUUAAGGAAUUGCAUGUUCAAGGAAAUUACAUUUACCUACUUAAAAAAAACUAAAAAAAUAUCACAACAGAGUAAUAUUGAAUAAGAAAAAAAAACAUGUAACACAAUAAGAAGUAUUUACAGUAUCCAAUAUUCUAUUAAUGUAAUGAAUGAAACUAUGAAAAACAUAUAAAAAUAGAAUAGUAGUUCAUUUAAAAAAAAUCUUAAAAAAGUAUUCCUAAGAAUAUACUCACAGACGUUCACCACUUGGAGAGUUAAAAUACAUACAACACAAACACCAUAGCUAAGUAUGUUCUUUAAGUUUGUAAGCUGUGCUUUUAGUAGAUGAAAUUGACUCAAUAUGAUUGCCAUUAGGCGGAAUUAUGGAAAACAAUCUUUUGGGGGGGGAUUUCAGUAUUGCUCUCAUGAUUUAAUGUGCAACUCGUUAUUUUGAAAAUGUCGUCCUGACCAACGCGUCACCUUUCAUCUUCUACAAGCACGCAUGCUUAAGUUUAUUGUAUGAUGUAAAACUGAAGUUUUGGUUUGUUUUUCUCUGCUCGUAGUGCUAAUAAGAUGUAUUUUGUCUGCGCCCGCAUUUUAGUUCUCCGCUUGUUUUACUGUUCCAGGCCCCUUGAAGGGAUCGGUCAUGUGUUCGCAUGAUGGUCACCUCCUCUCAACAGCGACCCCUAGUGGAAACUGUUGGAACUGCUAAAAGCCACAGACUAAAGCCAUAAAAUAUAGUAACUCAUAUGAAUGAAAUAUUGUACAGAUUGACUGGGAAGGAAGGAAAAAAAGGGAAAAAAUGGUUGAAGAGAGAGUAGUUUUUAAUGACAAUCUUUUCAUGGGGCCUGGAGUGCUAUAUUUGAUUCUUGCUGUUAUGAAUUUGAAAAAAAAUAUAAAAAUAAAAAUACAACAAAUGAACAGAGCAAUGUGUGCCAUAUCGUUUUUUUUACAUCUAACAAAACAUUGUCUGCAUAGGUUGAGGUUGUUGGUUUGAUGACGACUACAGGGCUCCUGUCCACAACCAAACAUCUCAUUAGUUAAGUUUGUAUCUUCUGCAAAAUAAAAUUAAAGCAUAUAAAAAAAAAAGAAUAGGCUACACAAGGGAAAAUUAAAACUGUCCCUAAUUCUAACACAUAUCAACACAAUGGUUAGGCUAAAUAAAUCCAUAGAUUGUUAAAACAGCAGCAGCACAA